AUUUUAAGUGAACAGUACUGUAGGCCUUCGUCUUCUCAGGUGUAAAUCACAACGAUAUUCAUGGUAGUUGACGCCUACUCGCAUAUGACUUUUACCAACAAAAAGUGUCUUAGAAAAUUUAAAUCAAUAUAUUGUUUUCUGUAAGUGAGUAAAAAAUUUCUAGGCUACAAGCUCCAGUUCUCAAAAAUCCCAGGAACCAUUGUUCUGUAUGUGUUUUAUGGCCUUAUUCAAGUGAUUUAACAUUUUUGUUUUUUCACUAACCACGCAUAACAUUUUUUUCUCAAAAACACAAUUAUGUACAUGCAUGCAUUUCAAAUAUUAUUAUAGCCCAGAUUGUGCUGAUUACAGUGAGAUUAGACUUUACCCAUUUAGAUAUUUAUAAGAAACUGAAAAAAAGCACAAAUAUCAGGGCAUGACAAAACUUCUCCAGGCCCCAAAAAUACCCUUAGACUCCAGAGGGUUAACACAUUUUCUGUACAAACUGUUUUAAGUUAUUCAAACCAAACAUUAACACACUACUUUACUUAGGAAUUUUAAGGCAGUCAGUUUCCUCACUUUUUCUAAGUCAAGUCAACUUAUUAUAUAGUGGCAAAUUGUCUGUCACUGAGUCACAGUGAAAACAUUAAGCACAUUGUCCAUUUCUGAUUGUCAUGACAGAAAAUAAAAUAAAGAUAUGAACUAAACACAAACUCUUUCAAAACAUUAGAAAUUCUGCAUUUUCAUUGCAGGUGUGUUGAAAUUUGGUCAACAUUGAGUGCACAUUAACCUGUGAUGCAAUACAUUUUCCCAAACAGAAAGAUUUAGAAGCAUGACACAUGAGUCUUUUGCAACAGAAUUAACAACAUGAAAUGUACAACGAGCAGAACACGGAAGAUGCUUUACUUACUCUUUGCAUUUCUAUUGACAACAGCUCAUGGAAAUAAUUCUUCCUGUUCUUCCUCUGAAUUUACUUAUGAGCAGAUUGACCAACAGCUUCAGGAUUUGAAAAAUUGCCUUGAAAUGCUAUCUAUUACAUGGACAACAUACCAAAAUGCAAACAUUUUUAACCAACUACAAACACUGAGUGAAAUCAUCCAGAGGCAACAAAAUGAAGAGUUACGAAGGUUACUGCCAGCAAACUGUUCAUCUCCAGCUGUGCCAGAGGAUGGAGGCCUGCUGUGUAUAUCUGUGAAGCACAAGGCCUACUGUAAACCUAUGUGCAAUGCGGGUUAUGAUUUCACUUUUUUAAGAAGAUCAAGGCUGUUUGAGGAAUGCAGUUCUGCCACAAAAGACAAGUGGACAACACAGUUUAUUGGUGGCAACAGGCUGGCUAUAUGCGACAAGUCCCACACUGCAGUGUCAGGAGCCCCCUCUGCAUACUUCCCUGUGGGCCAGGACUGUCAGAAACUAAAGAGUGAUGAACAACUAACGAGGAACAUCACAGAUAUCUUUACAUCAGAGUUGGUUAAGGCAGGCAUUACACUAUCAACAGAGUCUUCCGGCCUUCUCUGUGGCUAAAACAAGAAUUAAAGAGAUCUAAAAAUUGUUCAGAGCUGACAUAUUCUGUGCAAAGCUCAUUUUACUAAUAAUUUUUGACUUGAGUCAUGUAAGUGCAAAUAUGUUAAUAAAAUGAAAACUAUGGAACAUUUCA